CUAUAAAGAGUAUCAAAAACUCUUUUGAUAAAGGUGAUCAAGGCAUGCAAAUAACAGGCGUUUGUUAGCGAGAGACCAAAAGCAACGCAAUGUACUUCGUUUGAUUCAUGAAAUAGGCCCAAUUUCAACACACGACAAACCAACAAGGGUUUCAUUUCAUCAUACACCAAACACUUUCUUCAGUGGGGCAAGUGACUCAAUUUGACUAUAUCGAUGGAGGACGAAAAUCAGAAUGACGUGGCAGAACUUGCACCUUUUGAUCCUACCAAGGAGAAGAAAAAGAAGAAGGUUGUGAUUCAAGAUGCUGCAGUCAAUAAAUUGGAUGAUAAAACUGAUUCAUUGUCAGUCUCUGAGGGCCUUGAAAGCACUUUUACUGGUUCUAAAAAGAAGAAGAAGAAACCAGUAGAGGCCAGUAUAUUGAACGAGGAGACUGGGAAUUCUGGAGAAAAUUUGGAUGUUAAGAAAUUGCAUUUUAUAAAUUUAGUGGUCAAUGUAGCAGAUCGUGCAGGGGAGAAUGAAGAAGCAGAAGGGGCUGCCGUGCAACCGUGUUAA